AUUCCACUGGAUUCUGCUUGGUUAAUAAUUAGGGUGGCGAUUUUCGGGGGCUUUCUCACCCACCCCCUCCUGUGCGUGAGGCUUUUCUGAGAAGAGAAGAUGUGACAAGUCUCCGAGAAUCAUUGAAGACAAUGAGACUUGCCAAACCCUGAAUAGUAAACUGUCCUACCAUCAUCCUUCCAGGACCUCCACGGUAAGGAGAGGCAGUGGAGACCAAUCCUCUAAGAUGUUCAUUUGGACAAGCGGGCGCAGCUCCACGUCCUACAGACAUGACGAGAGAAGAAAUAUUUACCAAAAAAUCAGGGAUCAUGACCUCCUGGACAAAAGGAAAACAGUCACCGCUCUCAAAGCAGGAGAGGACCGGGCGAUACUCCUUGGACUGACAAUGAUGGUCUGCGCCAUUAUGAUGUACUUUCUCCUGGGAAUCACGCUGCUGAGGUCGUACAUGCAAAGUGUUUGGACAGAAGAGACACAGUGCACACUCCUCAAUGCCUCCAUCACAGAAACCUUUAACUGCUCUUUCAACUGUGGUCCAGACUGUGGGAAGAUCUCUCAGUACCCCUGCUUGCAGGUGUACGUCAAUGUAUCCUCUUCAGGGCAAAAGUUCUUAUUGUACCAUACGGAAGAGACAAUUAAAAUUAAUUCAGAGUGUUCCUAUAUACCUAAGUGCAGCAAGAACUUUGAAGAGGCUCUGUCCCUUGUGAAUGUUGUCAUGGAGAACUUCAAGAAGUAUCAGCAUUUCUCCUGUUUCUAUGACCCAGAAGGCGUGCAGAAGAAUGUGCUGUUAACCAAACUGUACAGCUCCAACGUGCUGUUCCACUCGCUCUUUUGGCCAACGUCCAUGAUGCUCGGUGGACUUGCGAUUGUUGCCAUGGUCAAGUUGACCCAGUACCUGUCCCUUCUCUGUGAGAGGAUCCAGCGGAUCAACAGAUAGAAGCAGCACUUUGCUCUGGGGAUUGAUGUACAGCUGAAAUGCUGCUGUUGUUGUUUUCAUUCUUCACCAAAGAACCUUAAGUUUGUAAUGUGUACGUCUGUUCUAAGUUCCUUAUAUUUUUAUGAAGUAGAGCAAUAACGAAAAAGGCUGUUCUAUAUGCAAACGUGAUGCUAUUAUUAUGCAGGUGAUGAGAGAUGGAUUUACCGUUUGCGUUGGCCGUCUACAUGAUCUUGAUUUAUGCUGCAACUUAGUACUUCUUUUCCUCUUCUUCUACUUCUUUUUCUACAGCCAAAACAGGGCUCAGUGUAACCAUUUGCCAAGCCUUGUCAAUGAAUGCAUCGACCUUUCAGCACAAAUCCAUUUUUGGAGGGAUGUAUUACAUUGCCACCUGUAUUUAUAUGAAUCAUUUAGCUUCCACUUAAGCCAGGCAGGAGGACAGGGUGCAGAAUGGAAGGGCAUUUGGAGACAGGUAAGAACAUGAGUUUGGUUGGCUGAAGCAGAACUAAGAUGGCCACCGUUUUCCAGAAACUUCUUAAAGACCUGUGAUCCUGGGCUGUCUCCUCCACCAAGGCCGAAGGGCAAACACAUCAGAAGGUGCUUUGGUACACACCCAAUUGAAAUUUGUAGGAUAUCUUAACCAUGGUUGGCUUUAAUGGGUUGUAAGCUCAACUUAUUGUCCUUGGAUUUUCGGGAGGCUCCAAAUUCUGGAUUGGGGAAAUAGUAUUUAUGCUGUCCUCAUGCUCAGGGUUGAGAUUUCCUUCUGGCAUUUUAGCUAUUUAGCAAAACAUUUAUUUGCAAUAUCUUUUACUCAUGGAUCCUUAUCUACCAAAGCUACAGCCAAAACAAGGAAAAAAAUCCCACAAAUCUAUAGAUUUUGUCACUAUCUUUCAUCUUCUCCUUCAACCUGAGCCCUGUUGGCAGAGAUGGGACCAGAAAACAUUUUUCUUGUAUUUGCUACCAUAUCACUGUAAAGAAAAACUAAACACAAACACACAGUCAGCUAUUUUUUCAUUUUUUACUUCCAACUAUUUUAGAUUUUUUUACUGGAUAUUUAAAAAAAGAAUACUAGACAAGACAACAAAAAUGUAUAUUAUACCUAGUGCUGUAUUGUAAUACAAAUAGGUUAUAUUUUAUUAUUAUUUCUUUUCUUAACUGGAAUGUGAGCAGUACACUUCUUGUAUUUUGCUAUGUCCAAACCUGGAUAUAAUUCUAACUAAGAAGAGCAGUGCAAUGAAAAGCACACUUAGAUACUAUUCCUGAUAAUAUUUCAUCUCAAAUAAGCUUAGUCAGCCUUUAGCUUGGAAAAGAUUCCCCAGUUUGAGGCCGCCAAGAUAGGUAAAAUAGAUUUACAUUAUUCCUAGAGAGGAUUUUUAAAACCAGUACACAGCAAAUUUUCUUCCAAGAGCAUUUGGAGAGGGGAGGGGAAUGAAAUUCGGAUGAGUCUCUACAUGUGUUGAAAAUAGGGAUGCACUUACUUGGUUAAAUCCAUUCUGUCUGCAUUUCACAGAUGACUAGUUACUUUUCUUUCUGUUGUCCACUCACAGACAGAAUUGGAGUUUGCAGAAAUGCAUCCAUACUCAUUUGUGCAAAUUAGCACUUUUGAAAGUGCACAGAUCCCCACAAAUCUGAAAAUCCCCUCAUGCAAAUAGUUGUGCUUUUGUCUGUGGCGGGAAAGGCACAUUUUUGGUCAGGUUUUUAAAAUUAUUUUUCUAUGGAAAAUUAUGGAAAGUUUUAAAAACAUUUCAGAAGUGUUGGACUGGGGAAGGCAGUCCCCUGUGCAAUCCACAGAUCAAUUCAUUUGUCGGAUCCAAAAUUACUUCAAUCCAUUGCAGAUUUCUCCAACAUUCAUAGCUAAAAGGCUUGAUAUAAAAUAGAAGAACCAGGAGUGCGUGUUGCGUGUGUCCUGUGAGAUCUGUAUCCGCACUAAAGAACUAUAGGUAUGUGUCUAGGAUGGCGUGUUGCACAGGGUUGGAUUUUUCUUUCUCUUCUUUUGGAGUCCUACAAGGAGGAAUACACUUGUCGCUGCUCAGGAAGAGCAGGAAUGAAGGAAAGAUGGAAGCCCUGAUGGUGUAGAGUCAGGGAAUGACCACCAGCAGUGCCGUGGUCACUUUUGAAGUCCAAAUGCUCAUUUGGACAGUCCCCAUAACCACGUCCUCCAAGCAGAGUUCAAAAUCGCAGGCAGCUGCAUCGAUGCACGUCAACAAGCUGCUUCUAGCAGCUUUCAUCUCCUCCAGGCCUUUGGCAAAGCUAAUGGAGCUUAGUUGCCCGUUCAGGACGGGCCCACCAGAAAAUACCUUACUUUGCAACAAGAGGACAACUAACCCAGGGGGAAAUCAAAGGAAGGCAAGAGUUGGCAUUGGUGUCCCUGCUCAUUUUAAAAAAAGGACCAGUAAACCCUGACUUGCUGCAAAAGAGCAAGUUUAGGAUGGGGACAGAGCAGGUACGGUGGCCUAAGAAAAGUGUGGCAUGUUAUCAGGACCUGGGAGGGGUCAGGGAGAACCAUCAGUGGAAGGCAAGAAAGAAGAAUUUCAAUAGUUUGCUGUGAGUAUGACAACGAAUGAGUUGAAGCUCUUCCGUAGCCCAAUUAUCUUAUGAAGAUGAAAAGAACAGAUGAGCUGAGGAAGGGGAUUAUCUUGCAUUUUUCUAACCAUCUGCAUAAUUACAAAUAGUAUUCACCACUUUCUUAGAUUAUAAUAACAAAGGCAAUCUUAAUGGGUUCUAGUACUGAAGUUUUCCCAAAAGGCAAAAUGUGAGGUACCUGCCAAUCACCAGGAUUUCCCAAGAAAUUUUCAGAAGAAUUUCUUAAAGGUGUAUUGGAAGUAAACAUUAAGACUUCUGUUUUGCCAAAUGGAGGACGCACCUUGGAUCUGUCCAGCAAAUCCAUUAUCUGAGGACUUCUUUGUUCCCCAUAAUGUAAUGUUGGAAAAAAAUCUUUAUGGUGUUACAGGAUUCCAUGAACUGUGCAAGUGUUGUCUGACCUGUGCAACUGAAGUCUGCAGCAGUGAAAUUAAUCUUUGAUCUUGUAAUCCGUAAUGCAACUUUUUUUUCUCAGGCAAAUAAAUUCCUGAAGUGAUUUCAGACUUCAAAA